AUUACUAUUUACUAUUAUCAUUAGAGGAAUACAGAACUUUUCUACGAUUGUUAAAUUAUUAACUAUUAAUCAAUUUACACUAUAAAUUAGUUUUAUGUAAUAGUUUUAUACCUAUUUACCAAAAUAAGUUAAUAAUACUUUGUGAAUUUUAUUGCCUAGCACAAUAAAGGAAUCAUAAAAUGGAGUCUAGACUAGCUAAUGGCUUAAAAUUAUUAUACAUACCAAAAAAAACAAAAAUUAAUUCUGGCCUUGGCGAUCGGCUUCCAGAGGCUUAUAAGAAAUUUUAUAAGGAAUGGCGUCACAAAGUCCCUGAACCAGUUUACUUCAAACCUAAACCAGGAAAAUGGACUAAAGAUGAGAAAACUGGAGCAGUUAUUCCAGUUCAGAAUAUACCAAUUCCUUUAAAGUAUCCAAAAACAAUGCAUUCUGGUAUUUGGGGAGGAGAAGCUAUAGUUCAAGGCUUCAAACAAAGUGGUAAAUAUAAGAGUCGUGUACCACAUUUUUGGACACCAACGCUAAAGAAAUCAGUGGUAUACAGUGAAAUUUUAAAUACUUACAUGUCAACGACAGUGACUGAAAAAGCACUAGAUCUUAUAAAUAAGAAUUAUGGCUUAGACCAUUAUCUACUGAAAACAGCUGCAUGUGAUUUAAAGACCACUUUAAGCUUAAAAAUUAAACGUCAUUUGUUAAUGGCUCUAAGAGACAAAACAUUAUACAAAGAUGAUAGUGUAAAACAACAAGAAGUGUAUGACAAAUAUAAACAUUAUUUGAAGGAUUACACUCACGAAGAAAUUGAAUGGUAUGGUUUAACAUUUGAUCAGGCUUUACUCAAAAUGCAGGAAAUAGAUGAAUUAAAUGAAAAGGAAGCUCCAUUAAAGGCAAAAUAUAGACUGGAAUUGAUAGAGGAGUUGAAGAAUAGUAAUGAGCCAGUAGAAGAAAACAAAAGUUGGAUUAAUAAACUUAAUCCUUUUAGAUAAAAAUGUUAUAUUACAAUAUAGUAGUGUAUUAAUACCUAAAAUAUAAUUACUAAUAUUAAAAUAAAAU